AUGGAGGAGGCGAAGCUCGAGAAAAUCUCCCAAGACGUCAGAAACGAUGGUCGAAGAAUCGAGAAGCGGCGAACGGACGAAAUCGUGUCGAGGUGUUGGACGUGCGGCGGAAGCGGCCAUUCAAGACAAGAAUGCCGGAGAAAGAACGUGACUUGCUUCAACUGCGGAAAAAUCGGUCAUCUGGCACAAGUCUGCAGAAGCGAAAGAAAGUUCACGUCACGGCCAACGCAACGAUUCGAUAAAGCAACGAAGAUCAACGAAGUCAAAGAAUUCGAAGAAAUCGCUACGAUCUCGAACGAAACG